UGAAGCCGUCUACGGGUCCACGUGGGUCCUGCGCGUGUUUCCAGGGUCCUGGUAGCCGGUGCUUUAAUCUCGGUCCGGGUUUAGAAGACAUGGGUCGUUCUGGGAAGUUGCCUUCCGGUGUCUCGGCCAAGUUGAAACGCUGGAAGAAAGGCCAUAGUAGCGACAGCAACCCUGCCAUCUGCCGCCACCGCCAGGCCGCCCGUAGCCGCUUCUUCAGCCGGCCCUCAGGAAAAAGCGACCUGACAGUUGAUGCGGUGAAGUUGCAUAAUGAGCUGCAGUCAGGGUCCCUGCGUCUGGGCAAAAGCGAAGCCCCUGAGACGGCCAUGGAAGAAGAGGUGGCCCCCGCUCUCACGGAGAAGUCCUCGGCCACCUUCCUGAGCGGCCUCUCCGACUGCACAAAUGUCACCUUCAGCAAAGUGCAACGCUUCUGGGAGUCCAACUCGGCUGCCCACAAGGAGAUCUGUGCUGUUCUGGCCGCUGUCACUGAGGUGAUUCGCUCCCAGGGAGGGAAGGAGACAGAGACUGAGUACUUUGCUGCACUGAUGACAACAAUGGAGGCAGUGGAGUCCCCUGAGUCUCUGGCUGCUGUUGCUUACCUGCUGAACCUUGUCCUGAAGCGUGUGCCCAGCCCCGUGCUCGUUAAGAAGUUUUCUGAUACCUCCAAAGCCUUCAUGAAUAUCAUGUCAGCUCAGGCCAGCACUGGCUCCACCUCUGCCCUCCGAUGGGUCCUCUCCUGCCUGGCCACCCUUCUGAGGAAGCAGGACCUGGAGGCCUGGAGCUACCCUGUGACCCUGCAGGUGUACCAUGGGCUGCUGAGCUUCACAGUGCACUCUAAGCCCAAGAUCCGGAAAGCUGCCCAGCAUGGAGUGUGCUCGAUCCUCAAGGGUAGCGAGUUCAUGUUUGGUGAAAAAGCCCCUGCCCAUCAUCCUGCUGCCAUUUCCACCGCCAAGUUCUGCGUCCAGGAGAUUGAGAAGUCUGGAGGCUCCAAGGAGGCCACCACCACGCUGCACCUGCUGACGCUGCUGAGGGACCUGCUCCCCUGCUUCCCAGAAGGCCUGGUGAAGAGCUGCAGCGAGACUCUCCUCAGGGUCAUGACCUUGAGCCAUGUGCUGGUGACAGCCUGUGCCAUGCAGGCCUUUCAUAGCCUCUUCCACGCCAAGCCCGGCCUGGGCACCCUGUCAGCAGAGCUCAACGCCCAGAUCAUCACGGCCUUAUAUGACUAUGUUCCCAGCGAGAAUGACUUACAACCCUUGCUGGCCUGGCUUACGGUCAUGGAAAAAGCCCACAUCAACCUGGUCAGACUGCAGCGGGACCUGGGGCUGGGCCACCUCCCUCGCUUUUUUGGAACUGCGACCACCUGCCUCCUCUCCCCACACUCACAGGUGGUGACGGCUGCCUCUCAGAGCCUUCAGGAGAUCCUGAAGGAGUGUGUCGCUCCCCACAUGGCCAGCAUUGGCUCUGUGACUUCUUCGGCCUCAGGCCCUGCCCAGUAUGUCGCCAAGAUGUUCAGGGCAGUGGAGGAAGGCCUGACGUACAAAUUCCACGCGGCAUGGAGCUCUGUCUUGCAGCUGCUGUGUGUCUUCUUCCAGGCGUGUGGGAGGCAGGCCCAUCCUGUGAUGAAGAAGUGCCUCCAGUCCCUGUGUGACCUGCGCCUCUCCCCCCACUUCCCUCACACGGCAGCUCUGGAUCAGGCAGUGGGGGCUGCAGUGGCCAGCAUGGGACCCGAGGUGGUUUUAGAGGCUGUGCCUUUGGAAAUUGAUGGCUCUGAAGAGAAUCUAGAUUUCCCGAGGAGCUGGCUGCUGCCUGUCAUCCGGGACCACGUCCAGGAAACACGACUUGGUUUCUUCACCACCUAUUUCCUGCCCCUGGCUACCACCCUGAAGAGCAAAGCAAUGGACCUGGCCCAGGCAGGCAGGACGGUGGAGUCCAAGAUCUAUGAUACGCUCCAGUGGCAGAUCUGGACCCUCUUGCCUGGGUUCUGCACAAGGCCUACGGAUGUGGCCGCCUCCUUCAAAGGGCUGGCGCGGACAUUGGGCACGGCCAUCAGUGAGCGUCCAGACCUGAGGGUCACUGUGUGCCAGGCCCUGCGCACCCUCAUCACCAAGGGCUGUGAGGGGGAGGCUGACCGUGCGGAGGUGAGCCGUUUUGCCAAGAACUUUCUGCCAAUCCUCUUCAACCUGUAUGGGCAGCCUGUGGCAGCCGGGGACACCCCAGCCCCUCGCCGGGCCGUGUUGGAAACCGUGAAAACGUACCUCACCAUUACAGACCCUCAGUUGGUGAACAGCUUCCUGGAAAAAGCCAGUGAGAAGGUGCUGGACUCUGCUAGCUCUGACUUCACCAGAUUGUCUGUCUUGGACCUGGUUGUGGCCUUGGCUCCUCACGCGGAGGAAGCUGCCAUCAGCAAGCUGUACUCUACCAUCCGGCCCUACCUAGAGAGCAAGGCCCAUGGGAUACAGAAGAAGGCCUACCGAGUGCUGGAGGAGGUGUGUGCGAGCCCCCAGGGCCCUGGGGCCCGCUUCGUGGAGAGCCACCUGGAUGAUCUGAAGAAGACCCUGCUGGACUCGCUGCGGAGCACUACCUCGCCUGCCAAGAGGCCCCGUUUAAAGUGCCUCAUACAUAUCGUGAAGAAACUCUCAGCUGAGCAUGAGGAGUUCAUCGCUGCCCUUGUCCCGGAGGUGAGGGAUGCAAGUUUUCUGGAGUUGUCAGGGGUGCUCCCUGUGUGCUCACAGGACUUUCUUUUGGUUCCAGGGGAGGAUGAAGAGAUGGCUGACCUGAUGGAAGACACGGGUGUCAGGAGUAAGAAACAUCAGAAGCUCAAGCAUCAGAAAGAGGCUGACGAUGAGGAGCUGGAGAUGCCCCCUCAGUACCAAGCUGGAGGCUCUGGUAUCCAUCGCCCUGUGGCCAAGAAGGCUAUACCUGGGGCCGAAUACAAGGCCAAGAAAGCAAAGGGUGACGUGAAGAAGAAAGGUCGGCUCGACCCCUAUGCCUACAUCCCCCUCAACAGAACUAAGCUCAACCGAAGGAAGAAGGUGAAGCUGCAGGGCCAGUUCAAAGGCCUGGUGAAAGCUGCCCAGCGAGGAUCCCAGGUGGGACACAAACUCCGCAGAAAGGAUUGUCGGCCCUAAAGCCUCGAGGCCCCCAGAGCUGCCCUGGGACCCAGUGUAAGGUCUCUGCAGCUUCCAAGCUGCUUUGACAUCAGUUCCAGAUACUGAAGGUUCUGGCAGAGCCUGGAUUCGGAAUGACUUGCUGGACAGAGCUUGGCUUCCAGAGAGGCACCCAGGAUUUUGGAAGCUCCAAACAGGAGCCGCCCUUUAGAGAUGUCCCUAAGGCCUGGAGAUGGGAAUGUGGCCUCGCUGCUUGUGAAUCGGCCAAUGAGGCAGCUGUGCUUUCUGCCCAGAGCAGCCAUGCGCACCAGAGCAGACGGUUUCCUGUUUCUUCUAGCCGCUUAUAGCCACAUGGCACUUAGCCUGGCUGUGGUCUGGGUGUGGAAGAUUUGCUGUGAUCGGAUGUAGAAUAAACAUGGACCGCCAUGCAUUUUCCCUA